UCGACGUCGAUGUCCGUCCCGUUAAAUUAAUCGUGUGAUGUGAAGUUCAACAAAAAAUGUCUUCUGUUACCUAGUUUAUUUCCUUCGUGGAUAGAAUAUCAGCACAUCUUUAAUACAUCACCAAUGGAUGAACUAUUUAUAAGGUAGUACUGGUAACAAAAUGCCACAUUGUUGGCAAGAAGUGGUGGCUGUAAACGCACCGAAAUGACAGAGUUCCCGACUCUCUGCGCUCUCCACUACGACCGUGAUGACAUCGAGAAACCACGGUCGACCACCGUUGGGCUCCGCCUGCCCAAGCCGCGGAGGCCCCGGUCUCGGUCCCGUACCUACCCGAGGGGAGAGGUGCGUGGAAAGCUAGAGUCCUUGGCUAAUGGGGUCAACGGAGCUGGGGAUCAUGGUGGAAAAAUACAACUAACAACUCCUUAUCGAUACAGCUCUUCAAAAAGUUCUAGUCUUCAAGCUUCGAAGGAUGACCUCCUAUACCCCGAUCGUACUUAUAGCUCCUCGGCAGCCCUUGGUCCACAUGACCCCCACCAUCGGAGUCUCUCAGAGCCACCUCCUAAUGUAUCUGAGCGUGCUCGUACAGCACCUACAGCCUUCUCUCUGCCGAUGUUACGUCAGGGAGGUGCUGGAGAGACUAGUAUGACAGUCAAUGCGGAGCUCUUGCAAGAUCCUGAGUGGAAUGAGUACCUGAGUGCAUGGGUGUCUGGCAAACAGGCGAGUUCCAAUUCUUAUGUGAGCUUUGUCGGAGCCAUGUCACUGAAGGACAGAGGGAGGUACCAUUAUGUGCGGGAAUUUGAAGAGCUACCGUCGUUGCCAUGUCCCAGGUUCUUCGAGCACAUGCAUCACAUCCCAGCCCCUAAGGCCCUGUGGAAAGACAAGAAGACGAAGAGCCUUCAGAAGCCAGAGUUCUGGACAUGGAAAGGGAGGACCUCGCCGAAGAUUCCUAAAUCGAGACCGAUCCGAAAGAAAGUUUACCUGUGUAAUAGUCUCACCUCCGUCCAGGUGACACCGCCCUCUAGUGUCCAGUGUUUGACAGUCGAUAUUCCCACCUGUAGUGUGGACUCUGAGGAGAGUCUCUCUUCAACUCCAACCUUUGACCUUUGUUCUCUUUCAAACCAAUCCCCUUCCCUGAGGGGGGUAUCACCUGACAGGUCUCCAGUGGAUCAAGUCUUACCCGAAAUAGAGGAAAGCAGUGAACACAGCGAUUACGGCUCAAUACGAUCUGGAGCUUCCAGUCCACUCAGUUUCCAGUCACAUCAUACAGUAACCAGUGGCAUCGAGUCCUUGGAUACAGAGCCUCUACGGGUACCCCUGAAGCUUCACAAGCUAGAGAAUCCUCCCUGUCCUCCGUCCAUCCCUGAUUGGGACAUGCACAGCUUCUUGGCAGACUUUGAAGACGUUGGCGGGGAUGUUGAGGAUGAUGUCGAUCGUGGUCAUGGCGACACUGACGACGAUGAAGACGGCCGUCUGAGGAGGAAGUACAAGGAGAUUGCCAUGGGUCCGCUGGAGAGCAGUAAAGUAGACCAGUCUGGCUACAUGUACAAUGACCAUGUUGUGUUUUUGGAGCCUGUUGUCUUUGAGAGUUGUGAACCCAUAGAGGACAUGUCUAAAUUAAUGGAGGCUAUAAGAGUGCCCGGGUGCCUACGCACAUUGGUGGAUCCCUACCCUUUAGAAGAGCCGUUAAGACCAGACGUUGCAGAUGUGGAUAGAGUUGCUGUCCAACAGUCGUCUAUAUGCGAGAGACCAAGCCUGCCCACUCCACCUCCUCCUAAAGUGCCCACCCCUACUCCCACUCCACCACCGCCCAUGGAGCCCACACCCCCUCCACCUAAGACACCCACCCCUCCCCCCAUCGAAAUGCCCAAGAAGAAGCCCGGCAAGCCCAAGAGACCUCCAAAGAAGGAGAAGAUGAAGGUGCAGAAAAAGGUCCGAACCCCAGUGAAGGAGCCCACACCAGUACCAGAACCCCCUCCUGUUGUCCUGCCACCUACACCCCCACCUCCAACUCCACCUGAACCAGAGGUGAUUAAAGCCCCGACCCCAGAACCAAUCCGACCCAAGCGGGUUAUCGAGCUACCACCCCUUCCAGUUGUCUCAGAACCGGAGCCCGAAGAAUCUGAAUCUGAGAUAAGUGAAGCUCCUCCUGCAGACUCCCCGGAGCCAGACCAAGCAACCCCAGAGCCCGCCGAAUCCACCCCGCCUUCCAGCCCCAUUCCAGCCUCUCCUUCCUCGCCCCCUUUGCGGAGGUCGCCCAUCGAGAAAGACAUGUCUUAUGCCCUGGAGCUUGAGAGACAGAGACUUGCUGAUGAGAGGCAGAGGAAAGCUCUCUUGAUGUAUGAGAAGUUGAGAAGCAGACAGCCGAUACCUGUGGCCAAACUAGAACAGGCGGACAGCUUCAAGGAAUAUGGAUGGUUAGCUCAAUUUUGUAUCCUUAAACCAGACAAGUUAAAGAUGUACAGACUUGCAUUUGAUACGGUUGAUGAGGAUGGGGAUGGACUGCUAUCAUGCUUUGAUACACUCAUCGCUUUGAAAGGAAUAACUGGAACUCAAAACUUAACUGAAAAAGAAGAAGAAUACAUCUGUAGGAUUCUUGAGAUUGCGAAUUACAACAUACUGGAAGGCUCAGACUUCAGAGUCUUCUCAGUGAUGGCUGCUUUGUCCCAGAAACUCACAUCCAUUGACAAAUGGGUUCGAAAUCUCAUUAAGAAGUUUGAUCUUCAGAUGUUGGACUGGAAGAUGUAUCGCGCCAAGGAGCUGUUCAAGUGGUGUGUGGAUGAAUCAACAAAUCGUAUCUCCGUUCCCCGCCUCCUGAUUGAACUGAGAGCAGGAGGAGUCAGUGAUGAACAUCUGGAGGAAGUCAAGGAGAAGUUUGGAGAGCACGGGACGCUGGACCUUCUGGACUUCUUGGCGUAUCUUCCACUGUUUAUUAUGUCGCACGAGGCGGUGGUGUUCAAUCCCUUGAACAAUAUCAGAGAUAAAUGAUCACACUCUGUGUCAUUCCUUUGAGGCCGUCGGGGGAUGUUUUUGGCUGUGACUGCACUUAGAUGUAAUUCACAACGGAGUGGCAUCAAUUUCUCAAUGAGCAAACUUCCUGAAACCGCUCCGUUGACCCAAGUUACUUGAGAGGAGCACGAUGAUACACACACCACACAUCACAAUCCAUCAUGCAGCCAGCUAGUCUCUAACCCUGUAUCUUCUUUCAGCGUUUUCACCAUGUUCUUGAUUGGUAUCCCUCUGGUUGUUGAAGGGUUUGCCAGACAUGCUGACAGUCAUCCUAUAGAUUCUUGCAUAAAGCACCAAAAGAUAGUUCCCGCCAAGCAUUUUCAAUAGGCUUCUGUUCACCUUAGUAACCGAUGAUGUGGGCAUGUCAUACUUAUAAAUGAUGCCCAAUUUCAUAGAGCAGCUUCAACAGACAAUUUUAUUAACAAUUUUGUGCCAAGCACAUAAAAUGAAUCUUCGUUUAAACAGCCAGUUGAGUUUCUGAUUGGUUGACUUUGGCUACAGCUAAAAUGUAUAUCUACAUUGCUGUGUUUGUCUACUUGUCGCUACAUGGCAAUGAUAGCCACAGCCACUGCAAAAUCUAUACACAGCCAAAGGAGAAGUCUGAAAUAAUCUAUAUGGUAGCUGAAGCAAACCUUAAGAAAAUAAAUGAACCUUGAACUGUCCAAGCCUGGGCCAAAAUCUUUGAAGGUCGAUAAGAUCUUUAGAAUGGAUGGACCAAGAGAUAAGAGAUAGUGUGAAAGAAUGUGGUAUGGACACAUCAUGACCCUACGGAUCUUAGUCGCUGAGAUUGAAACCUAUUGAAGACGAUCAGAUUAUAUACUGAUCGGAACGUUGAGUUGUCAACCACCAUUUCUUUUUAGAACCCAAAACCAACACUACUCAAAAGAGACUUCCUCACCUAUACUAACUAAGAAUGACACAUGGGAUCCAGUGGGAGGAGGUCAGGGGUUGAAGUCUGGAACCCAGACACCCUUACUCCUUUUCAAUGCUUUCUUUGAGCAGUGGUUUACCCUAAAACAAGUUCAAGAACUAUGAAAUUUACCAUGAGAGUUUUUGCCAAUGCCCCUUAUUUUUGACAGCGCGAGGGCGCUAUAAAUAGUAUUUUUAUCACUUCCGGGGUACACGCGAUUCG